ACAAGCCUUGUAAAAAUCCAUAUCCGUCUUUUUAUCACUUAAACUUCGGCUGCUGAACUGAACGACUGUCUGAAACCAUGAGGGAAAUCGUACAUAUACAGGCAGGGCAAUGUGGCAAUCAAAUUGGGGCAAAGUUUUGGGAGGUGAUUUCUCAGGAGCAUGGAAUAGACGCAACUGGAACCUAUCACGGAGACAAUAAUAACCAACUUGAAAGAAUAGAAGUGUACUAUAAUGAAGCUAUGGGAGGAAAAUACGUCCCAAGGGCUUGCUUGGUGGACCUAGAACCUGGUACAAUGGACUCUGUAAGAUGUGGUCCUUUUGGUGCCGUCUUCCGACCAGAUAAUUUUGUUUUCGGUCAAAGCGGUGCGGGAAACAACUGGGCUAAGGGGCAUUACACAGAAGGAGCAGAGCUAGUCGAAUCCGUUCUUGAUGUGGUCAGAAAAGAAGCUGAAAACUGUGACUGUCUGCAGGGAUUCCAACUAACCCACUCUAUUGGCGGCGGAACUGGAUCUGGCAUGGGGACUUUGAUUAUUGGGAAGGUCAGAGAGGAAUAUCCUGAUAGAAUUAUGAAAACCUACUCAGUUGUUCCUUCCCCAAAGGUUUCUGAAGUCGUCGUAGAACCAUAUAAUGCCACAUUGGCCGUUCACCAGUUAGUUGAGAAUACCGAUGAAACGUUUUGUAUUGAUAAUGAGGCUCUGUACGAUAUCUGCUUCCGUACUCUAAAGUUAUCGACGCCAUCAUAUGGGGAUUUGAACCAUCUUGUUUCAUCGACCAUGUCGGGAGUAACAACUUGUCUACGUUUUCCAGGACAACUGAAUGCCGAUCUGAGAAAACUAGCUGUUAACAUGGUACCUUUUCCUAGACUUCACUUUUUCAUGCCUGGAUUUGCGCCGUUGACAGCUCGAGGAUGCCAGUCAUACCGAGCUUUGUCCGUUGCUGAGUUAACACAGCAAAUUUUCGAUGCUAAAAACAUGAUGGCUGCUUGUGACCCAAGACACGGACGUUACUUGACAGUUGCAGCCAUUUUUAGAGGUAAAAUGUCUAUGAAAGAUGUCGAGGAACAAAUGCUCAACGUCCAAAAUAAGAAUAGUACAUAUUUUGUUGAAUGGAUUCCGUGUAAUGUUAAAACAGCCGUUUGCGACAUCCCACCAGUCGGCCUUAAAAUGUCAGCUACAUUUAUCGGGAAUAGUACAGCAAUUCAGGAAUUGUUCAAAAGAAUCUCUGAACAAUUUACUGUAAUGUUCCGUAGGAAAGCUUUUCUCCAUUGGUAUACUGGAGAGGGUAUGGACGAGAUGGAGUUUACUGAAGCCGAGUCCAAUAUGAAUGACUUGAUUUCUGAAUAUCAACAAUAUCAGGAUGCCACUGUGGAGGAUAAUAUGCUUGAUGACGAUGACUUUGAAGAUGAAGGAGAAGCUGAAGUCGCUUAAAUUAACCCUUCUUCGAAUAUUCCAAAGACAUUUAUUUUGCAUUUUUUACAUGUUUUACUUUUUAAAAUUCAUUAUUUGAUAACACAAGUAUAGCCAAGUGUCAGCUCAAUGCUUUGAUUUGUCAAAACAGGAUAAAAUGGCUGUGAUUUCAACGCAAACGUAGCAAUUUUUGUGAUGGACAUAUAUUGGUAUAUACAUGAGUAAUACCAUUUAGUUCUGAAAUAAAACAUUAAAGCUUUUUAGAGCAUACUUUGUAAUAAAAAUAAUAACAAUUUAAAUAGUUAAAUAAAUGAGGUAAAUUUUACUUAAUUUUUUAUAUUAUCUUAAAUGAAUGCAGCAGUUAAAAUGGAAUUUGCUAAGAUGUAUUUUAAUCAUGGGCGCGUAUGUGUGUUAUCAAAAGCUACAUUUCUUGCUUCCUUUUUCAGGCUAUGGGUUGUGUUAAAUUGUCAAUCUUAUAUGUACUUUAUACAUGGAAAGAACGAAGACGGGUGAAGAAAGUUGAACAUAUCUGUUGAGAUAUUUUUAUAUAAAUACUGCGAGAAUAUAUAAAGGAAAAUUAGUCAUUGACGUGUAAUGUUCCUUGCUAUAUUAUCUAAACAGGGUAAAUUUUGUAGGGACUGUCAAUGGAUUGUUUCAAAGGUUAGUUGCUAGUACUUCUCUUGACACAUUUCAACUUCUGUUUUGAUCUGUUAGAAAUUUCAUAUACUGUUCAUUUUUUCUUAAAUCAUUUUUUGUGAAAUAAAAAAAUAUUUUCUA